ACAAAAUUAGUUUUCGAUAUGUCCAAUAUUAGCGCCCAAGCUGGCGGUUUGAAUGUGGACGAGGUAGCUCAACCACAUGCUGGGACACCUACUGGUGGGGCCAGUAGUGGUCCUGUACACGGCGGAGAGGCAGAUGAAGGAGGUGUCACUGUUGGUGGGGAGGGUGAUAUCGAAGGGGAAGGUGAAGGGGAUGCAAGUAGAGAAGCUAGAAUUGCAAGUAGAAAACGACGGAUGGAAGCCAGACGAUUAGCAAGGAUGAAACCGGAGAAGAUGGAGGAUGCUUCUACUGCUCGAAGGACAAAGAAACCGGAGCCGUCACAGGCGGAGGCUGGUAAAUCCAAAUCACAGGUAUCAGCCAGUAAGCAGAGAAUUGAAUCUACAAAGCAAGCCAGUAACGAUCAAGUUACUUCCGUUCGCGUUUCUCUCGUUGCUCGAGAAGACGGUAGACGACAGGAAGAGGCACGCAAGGUGCAGCAAUGGAACCGAAAGCGAGAUGAAGAGCGAAAUCGUAGUUCCGAAAUGGGGACGGAAAUUGAGGAUGCUUGGAAUAAAGUUUUGGGAACAAGUGGAGGUCCUUAUGAGCUGUAUGAGCUUUUGACGGAGCAAAAACAUGCAUGCGGCAAUCUCAUUGGUGUAAAAAACAAGCUGAUCGAGGAGUACGUUGCCGAACUCAAAUCAAAGGAUGACGAAUAUGUCAAAGAGUUGAAAAGACAAGCCGAAGAGAUUGAUGCCCUUCUCAGUCGGAUGGAAGCAAAUCACCGAGCGUUUCAGACGACUCUACGAGAAGAGCUGGAACAAAUUGAGCGGGCGUUUGUGGAGGAGCGCACAGAGUUGAUUGAUGCUAACGUUAAAGACGUUGAUACAUUAUUUGAGACACGAGCGGCGAAUGAAGCAAAAUACAUGGAAGAACGUGGCAAUCGAGUGGAGGACCAUGUCCAGCAACUUGAAGCUUUGCGUGUCCACGAUGCAGAAGAGUACAAUUUGGUGAAGAUCAAGCUGGAGACUGAUGUUCAGGUUUUGGAGCAACAAUUGCAACAGAUGCGGGCAACAUAUCAGCUCAAUACGGAAAAGCUCGAGUAUAACUUUCAAGUCCUCAAAAAACGUGACGAGGAGAACGGAACCAUCUUGGGAGCGCAGAAGAGAAAAAUAACAAGAUUAACAGAUCACUUAAACACCCUGAAAGCGAAACUAUCCAAGCAAGAAAAAACCUAUCAGCAAGAAUACAUGGGAUUGACUGACGAUUACAAGCGAAUAACCGAGCAGUUUAAGGAGCUGCAAAAGAAAUUUAGACAUUUCCAAGUUGCUGAUGGAAAGAAAUUCCGGGAAGUUUGGCAAAUGAACGAGGAAAUGGCUAAAGAGCUCAUGCGAAAGCUCUUACAAGCAGAUCAAAUCAUUCACGAACAGCAACUCGGCCUUCCAUGGUCACCAACACCAUCCCCGGAAGACCUCUUCCGCACCGUCGACCCAUCCAUUUUCCACUCUUCUUCACCCUCUGCUAAAGUUGCUGCCAUUGCCGCUACAACCAAAACACAACGUCCAUCGUCUCGCGGCAACAUUACAGCCGAGUCUUCAGCACCGUCUGCAGAUAAAGCCAUGGCCAGCACCGCCGACGAUGAUGAGCCUCGGCCAUCAAUAGCCGCCAAACUUCUUGCUGCAACGGACGACACCACUCCUUCCGCGUCAUCGACAACACAUCAACACCACCUAAGUCCGUCAUCUGCCACCACGAAAAGAAUGCUAGACCUACUAUGCACAGAGGCAUCAUUCCUAGUCGAAGAAAAGCUCCAAAAACUUCUUGUCCCUCUUCAAUCUUCUGAACAAUCUCUCAUGAAACUGGACUCGAUAUUCAAGGCGCUUGGCGUUGAGAGCAUGGAAGAUAUGGAAAGACUCAUGGGAUACUUUAUCAAAAGUUCCACAACAGAUGCACAUGGGCAAGAGGAAGUGGAGCUUAUUGGGCCAAAUGAAGUUGUUGGGGCAGUCCGUAAAUUUGUGGAAGAUAAGAGGUCGAGAAAGGUUGGAGGUCCUGAUACUUUAACUGAAACACGAGCUGUUGAGGAUGAUUUGCCAGAUACCGAUCUUGAACCACCCAGCGACACCGAAGCCGCCAUAACAAACGCAGAUGGUACAUCAAACACCCAAUCACGGAGCGAGCUCCUCCGUUCAUACUGGCAGCGCAUGGCCAAUGUCAUUGAUGAUGAUAAAUAUCGUGUUUGGACGGCCGUUCAUGCUGCAAUGACAAAUUACAACGCAGAGCUUGUCGCACGGUACAAUUUAACACAACAAGUGGAGGCUAUCCAACAACAGAAUGACGAGCUUAAAGGGUUGUUACGACAGUAUAUGGGGGCACAGGUUAAUGAUGAGCUUCAUAUCCCGCCUGCAAAGAUUUUGAUGGCACAAGCUGGGGUUCAGGUUGGGUGAGGUGGUUGGGAUUGACAUGGAUUGAUGUAGUGUGAAAUCUUGCCAUGUUUCUUGAGGGAUUUAUCUCGUAGAUGAAUUUUAUGUCAAUUGGAUUCGUGCUGCCCUCCAUUCCGGCUUGUGGCUUCAAAUAUCUUGA